AUGUUUCUCAAAGUUGUUGUAAGGGUUUCAGACAAGUUGAAUGAUGAUGCUAAUCUGAAUGAGGUGAAUCAUGAUGUUAAAACGAUAGAUGUUCGACAACAAUUUACAAAUGAUCAAAUUUUUAGUGCUCGUCAACAUAUGCUUGAAUGGUGCUUAGUUGAGAUGGCUAGUAGAAACGAUGUUGUGAUUGCUACUGCUUUGGAGGCUAUGUCUCAUGCUUUGGCAAAUCAGCCAAAUUCUGAUAAGAAUGCUGGAUCUCGCAGUCUGGAGACCUUCCACAUGGAGAAUCUGACGGUCUUCAAAGGCAAGCAUGACCUCGAUGGCGCAUUGAAAUGGUUGAAGGAGAUUGCGAGGAUCUUCCGAGUGAUGGAUUACACUCCAGCGCAGAAAGUUCGUUAUGGUACUCACAUGCUGGUAGUCGAAACUGAUGACUGGUGGUCAGAGACUCGUAAAGAGAUCACUUGGGCUAUGUUCUGCAGAGAGUUUCUGAGGAAGUAUUAUUCUGAAUAUGUUCGGGGUACUGAGUUUUCAAAGUGCAUCAAGUUUGAGAACAAAUUUGGCUCUGAGAUCAAUAACGUUGUUGGGUAUCAUAAGAUUCGUGUCUUCCCUGAUUUGGUUGAUAGUUGCAGGAUUUAUGAAGAAAGUCAUAAUGCACAUUACAAGCUUGUCAAGGAUAGGAGAGGUAAGCAGAACCGUAGCACACUUUAUGAUGCUCCAGUUGGAAAGGGUAAAGCAUAA